ACACCUCCACCUUCUUAUCUCUACUUCUGUUUCUGUCCAACGGUUUUCCUUUCCACCUGCAGUAGCAGGAGGAGGAUGUAUCUCUCGUGGCAACUGCCCACUACCCCCUUUAACCCCUUGUCAUUAUCAAUAAAACCCUACAAGUAUAUUCCCUCUGUUUCUUCUACUUUCUGUUGUCUUUCAAAUGGAGGAGAAAAGGUUAAUUCCACGAAAAAUGGAUAUGGUGGUGGUGGAGUUCAUGUGCCGAGACAGAAGUACAUCGCGAUUUCGAAAUCGGAGCUCUUAGACGCAAUUGUUACGAUGUUUGAUUCACGGAAAGAGAAAGAUGAAUUCCUUUUAAUGUCCUCGUGUCUAGACUCUAUCUUACAUGCAGAACAUAAAAGCAUUUUAGAGGAAAUGCGAACUGAUUAUGAUCUUACUCAUUCUGCUAAUCAUAAAUUAACCAAUCAUGAAGAUGCUACUUCUGAAGGAAAGGAUUUGACCAUUGACCUGUCAAACAUUUUAGGAUAUUCAACCAAAAAUAUAGAAACUUGUCAAGACAUUUCCAGAGUUCCAGUUGACACACGCUUCCAACGUGCUUUCAUUCAACUACUAUACAAUGCUGAAUUUGAAGAAUUAUCGGCUGCUGAUUUGAUGCUGACAUCAGCAUUAAAUACUGAUUAUCUACUCACUCUCCCAGUUUAUGUUGAUUGGAAGAAAGCAUCAGAGUCUAAAGCAAUCAUUUUCAGGAGAGGAUAUGCAACAGAGAGGCAGAAUGGUCUUUUAAUAGGUGAAAAACUGGAUUACUUGCAAUCCAAGCUUCUUCAAGCACUUUUCUUUGGUAUCUCUAAACCAUUAGGGAAAAUUGGCAUGUGGUUUGCUCAGGCAUUUGAAGAUAGCAUCAAGGGACAAGAUUUAGAGGUUUGGAUUAAAAGGGUGAAAGUUUGGUUGAAGGAAGUGUCUGUUUUUAGAAAAUCAUACAUAUUUGAUGAACAAAUGGGUGAUGAUGAUAUAAUAAAAGGGAAAGGGGUUGAGGAAAUGUCAGAUAAAGAGCUUCCCAUUUGGCUUGCUGCUCAAAGGGCUGUAGCUCGUUAUGAAGGAAUCUUGUCAUCAGCUGGGCCCCGUGGCAGGCUCUUGAGGAAAUUGCUGACGUGGACAGGACUUAUUCCCUCCUUGCCUGAAAAGAUAUUCAACCUUGACUCUCAUAUUACUGCAUCUGAAUCGUAUUUGAGACCAAUUUUCUUGUCAAGGAUAUCACUAAGUGACAUAUGGGAGCCUGCUUCAAGAAAAUUCUGUGAAAAUAAUCCAUGGAAAAUGUUGAAGACUGCUUUUUCAAUUUUUUUGUCAAGAACAGUCCUUCAGGAACCUGCAUUCCAGGAAUUGAUUUUGCUUUAUACAAAAGAAAUUGAGGAAAAGGAAAGCAUAGAUCAAACUCCAGUGUUACAGUUGAAGAUCUAUGAAAAGAUCCCUAUACCCGAUUUGCCAGUUAUUUUCCCUCACAAGAAGCUGUCUUUUCGCAUCUUGGACACGGUACGUUUGGAUGCUGCAUCAAUCUUGGGGCUAUUAGCUUACUUCAUAAACUACAAAUUUGAGGACAUAAAGUCAUCCCCAUCAGCAAUACUUCUAGAUGUGAUUGCAGCAAGUGCUCUUGUAAUAUAUUUGUCACGUAUAAUUCUGGGAUACAAACAGACAUGGGAUCGAUAUCAACUUUUGGUCAACAGGACACUUUAUGAAAAGACUCUAGCCAGUGGUUUUGGAUCUGUUCACUUUCUUCUGGAUGCUUCUGAACAGCAACAAUACAAGGAAGCCAUUUUGGCAUAUGCCAUUUUACUCAAAUCUGGGAGUACCCAGGCCACUUUUGCAGAUAGUGCUCGAGAUCAGUGUGAAAGAUUUAUGUACGAUGUGUUCAGAAAGAAGGUUGAAAUGCCGAUUGAUAAAGCUGUAAAUACAUUAAUGAGAUUGGAUCUUCUUAUAGAAAAAGAAGUUGGUGGAAGAGUAGGAUUACUACCAAUUCCUUGUUCCGAGGCCUACAUAAUCCUCAAACAACGUUGGAACAGUUUUGUUAGUUAAGUUUGUUCAUAAUUAGGUUAUACAGAUAAAGUAUAUGGGCCCACAGCCAACAUGGGAAAGGUAAAUCACAAUGUCCCUUGAUGUACACAUACUUUUCAUCUCCUUGUGAGUAUCACAAGGUCAAGCAUGCGGGAUUAUCAAUAGUUUUGUACAAUUAUGUCAUAAUGUUUGUUAGAGAUGUUAUUUAAAGUGUUUGUAUUUUUUUUCCCAAAGGUAUAUGU